GCAGCUUGGAUUCGAUUCAACUGAUAUCCAAAGAUAUCAUAAUAUCGUAUAUCUGUCUUGGUAUUGUAAGCAAGUCACGUACUAAACAUUCGGGUUCGGGUCGAUCUCCACAGUAGGGGAUCCCAUCCUUCCAAUGCCACAUGCCCGGACUCAUUGACAAUAUGGAGCAUUCUCCUAUCCUGGAUGAUAACAGGCAAACGCGACUCCAGCUACUUGGUGAGGAAUGGGGUAUAACACGUCAACCGCCGCCAUCGCCUUCGCCAAGACCUGAUCAUCCACCAUCCUACCGGACAGACAACGAUGACUUUCUUGCCGACGAACUUCUCAAGAGACAGCGCACAAAUGAGUCCCAGCAUGAGAAAUCCAAGGGUGGUCUUUCUCGCGCCUUCACGACCAAGAAGAAGGCGUUCGAAUAUAAAGAGAUUUAUAACGCUCUCGUAGCUCACAUCACCAAUCUAGGGUCACCGGGUGUUGCCGAAUGUUUGAUACUGCGGUUAAAUCUAGCUGGUGGAAACCUCAACUUAGCGCAGAAGAGCCGGACUAGUUUAUUGAGUAGAAGAAAAAGCCUCGAUCUAGCCGAACGCAGCCAGGUGCUCCAGAUCGCCGUGAAGAAUGGUCAUUAUGAGAUGGUCGAAGUUCUCUUACCGUAUGCCGAUGCUUUAAGCUUAGAUACCGCGUUGCCCACCGCAAUCCGAAACGGAGAUGUGAGAAUCGCUUCACUACUCAUACGGUACGGAGCAAGUGCCAAUCAGACGGCAGAUGGCCAGGACGCUUUUCGACAAGCGUGUGUUGUCGGCGGACAACCCGACUUAGUUGCGCUUGUUCUGGGUUCGGAAGGCCGACCUUCCGCAUCAUGGUUAUCGCAAUCUAUGGUCGAGGCAGCGAGGGCAGGAUGUCUAGGCACAGUAAUACACCUCAGCCAGUCGACGGCGGAUGGGAACCAUGACGGUGCUGCAGCCUUGAAAGCCGCUGUUGCUCUAGGCCGGAGAGACAUCGCUCUCGCCGUCGUCCUUGGUAAUAAGCCACCAGCACAGCCUGGUCUCAACGAAGCUUUCGAUCAACUCAUGACUCAUCAAAACAUUAAUCCAAACGAGAAGAUGGCGAUGACAGAGAUUCUAUUAUGCGCGGGAGCCGAUGGCGAUUCGGUAUCGAAGGCUCUAAUCCACGCAUGUGCCACUUACUUCCUCGAGAUGGUACAUCUCUUAAUCUCUUAUGGCGCUUCGAUCGAAUAUCAAGACGCAAUCGCGGUUCGCAAGGCGGUGUCUAAAGGCAAGAUCGACUUGGUGGAAGUGAUGCUGAACGGAAGGUCUACGCUUAGUUCUCAUUACGCGUCGGAGUGUGUAGAACUAUUGCCAAAGAAGAUGAGGUUUGAGGAAAGACACUCAUUCUUGAAUCUUCUACUCCGCAAGGGCGCAGCUGGCCCACCGCUGGACGAAGCACUGGUUGAUGCAGUGGAAGCAGGCGAUCUGGAGGCAUCAAAACUACUGCUUACUCCGUUGUUCCCUGGUGGAAAAAUUGUCGGAAACAAGGAUAUUCGAAAGGGACCUCGGAGUAUGAUUUUUGAACGACAUGAGACUGCGUCAACAGAUCAUAAAGGUGCUCUAGCGCUGCAAAUCGCCGUGAAGAGAGGAGAUGUCGCUAUUUCAAACUUGAUUCUGUCAAACAAACCACCAAGUCCUGUUGCGCUGGCACAAGUCUUUCCCAGCGUACGAAAUCUGCCAUCUCUUGAAAGAUAUCAGAUCGCCGAGAUGUUCCUUAGGUCAGGUCUUACUGGGCCAUGCGUGCACUCCGCUUUGGAAAAUGCUAUCGACGAACGACCGCCGCAUCGCGACGAAAAACUUAUUGCCCUCUUCCUUCGCUACAAUGCUGAUGUUAACUUUAACGAAGGGCACACAAUCACUGCAGCUAUCGCGCAAAAAGAUGUCCGUUUACUAGAAAGGUUACUCAAGAGCAAGCCAACGAUUCAAGUGGCAGCCAGAGCAGUCCUUAGAGCAAUGGAGGUUGAUAAUAGCGCACUACGCUUAGAAAUGAUCAACAUGCUCUUAGCAGCUGGCGCGUCCCAAGGCGGCCCCGAGGUGUCCACGUCAGUCGAUGUGGCGGUGCAAGCUAAUCCCCCAGAUAAACGACUACUCAAAACCCUACUACAACAAGGCAAUGCCGAUGUAAACAUCAAUGGGGGGGUUGCCGUAGAGCAUGCUGUACUGCAAUCCGACCCGGAAGUCAUCGAGAUGGUUCUUGGUCUAGGACAACCCAACGACGAAAGUCUGGAACGGGGCCUAAAGGCCGUAGCCAAGCUUCCAACAUCUCCCAUUAAGACGGAGAAGUUGAAUUCAAUACUACGCCGAACGAAAUCAAACGAUACCGUUACCUCAUUACUUAUACAGGAAGUGCAGGCCGUGUUAAAGGUGCCUCCUCAUGAACAGAAUUUCUCGUCGGUAAAAGUCUUAUUGGCAAAUGGCGCUGAUGUCAAUGCUAUGAACGCCGAGGCAUUAUGCCGCGCGGUCGCUGCAGCAAAUAUGCAGCUCGUGGAAGUUUUGUUCAUUAACAAACCGAAUGCUAAUUCGAUGGCAUUCGCCAUGCCUCACGCUCUUCGUAUUCGGGAUCUGAUGGAUAGACUAACAUUCACGCAAAAAAUCUUAGAAAGCGGUAUACCGCCAAGCGAGGUGAAUAGAGCCCUCGUCUUCGCAGUCAAUACAUAUCCUGAUGAUAUACCUUUAAUUAAUACCCUUUUGGCUGGUGCGGAUACACGUGAUGGCCUAGCUUUGAUGGAGGCUAUUAAGAGGGAAAAGCAAGAUAUUGUGGAAUUAAUCUUACGCAAGAAGACCUUUCCCGUCGAGAUUCUCAACACCGGCUUCACACAUGCGACAAGGGGCAAAAAUAAGAGAUCAAGGAGCAUGUCUUCUAUAAACCUGUUGAAAGCUGGCGCAUCAGGAGAUGUAGUAUCGGAUGCGUUAUUGGCGGCGGCUACGGAUGGCGACGUGGAUUUCGGCACGAUAUUGGUCCAGAACGGAGGCAGUGUAGAGCACAAGGACGGUCAGGCUAUCAUAGAAGCUUGUAAAUCAGGUGCCGUCGAAGUUCUAGCAAUGCUGUUGGCAGGCGAUUCUAAGGUUGCUGAGAAAACACUGCAAAGAGGUUUCCAAGCCGCUACGCAAGUAGGAGACCUAAAGAGACGGGCUGAAAUUUUCAAACUAUUGCUACAAAUGGGCGUUACUGGAGACGUGGUAGAUGCCCAGCUCAUAUCUGCCGUUAGGUACGGCGACGAUGGGAAGGAUCUCGUUACACUUCUACUGGUAUAUGGGGCAAGCCCCGAUUACAACGACGGGGACGCUGUUGAGAAGGCAGCAAGGAGCGCCUUCUUGGGUAAUUUGGAAAUGCUAUUGGGUAUUGUUGAUGUCGGGGGCCGUCAGAAACGUCCGUCUUCUCACACGCUUGUUCGAGCGAUAGAUGCUUGCUGGGAUCUCAGUAGGGACACGAGGUUUACGGUGAUGAGUUGGGUGUUCAAAGUAGGAAAGCCCGUUCCCAGCGCCAUCCACAAUGCAUUGAACCGUGCAGUCAGGGAAGAUGAACCCGAGGAAAGACUCAUCGAACUACUCGUCAGUAACCGAGCAUCACCGGCAGCGAAUGGCUGUCAAACCCUAAUCGAUGCGACUAGAACGUUAUCCCCCGCGGCCUUCGCCAAUCUUUUAGAGUCGCGAAUCACUGCUGAAGAUGCGUCACUUGUAUUUGGCAAAGUAUUUGUCGCUGACAAUGUCGCCUCAUGGUUAUCUAAUCGCGGUUACGAAAUCGCGAAGCAUUUACUCGAGAAAGGCGCUGCUGGUGAUGGAGUGGGCUCUGCGUUCGCUGCAGUUCUAGGCCUGUAUGUUGAGACACGUGCAGAAUUGGCCAACAAUUUUGUCGACCUGCUCCUUCAAUAUGGUGCAGACGUCAACUAUAAUAACGGAGAAGCGUUUCAAAAUGCGGCUGCACAGGGAGACCCCGAUCUGCUAAAGAGAUUGUUACGCGAGAAUCCCAAUUCACAAGCAAUGACGUUUGCGUUCCCUCGGAUUUUCGACGCCACCGCAUCUGAAGACGACGUAUAUGACCUUAUCACGAUAUUUAUAGAGCACAAUGACGGGCAAAGUCAUAUGGAUGUUGCAUUCACUCAAACUGACUCACAACCCGUUCUCAUCAGGGCACUGAGUCAAUUCCCUCGGUCAACGAAGAUCCUUGGUGCACUCCUAGAUGCCGGGUUCUAUCAUGACCAAAUGACAAAGUGCAAGGUGAUGGAAGGGGUAGAAGAAGAGCCUGUGACGCUUCUGAUGUGGGCACUUUUACAGCCUCAGAAGAAAAUCAGCAGUGGAGUCAUCAACUUAUUGAUAGAAAGGGGUGCCAAGGUUAAUCACGAGACACCCAUUUCUCACGUCACGCCCCUAAUGUUAGCCAUACAAUCUCGUCGUCAAGAUAUCGUUAAAACCUUGUUGCUAGCGGAUGCCGAUGUCGACAUAACAGACGCAACAGGGAGAUCACCACUAUCGAUGGCAUCUGCUGUUGGUGGUGACCUAGCCAUUACUAUGAUGUCAAAUCUCCUAGCUGCAGGUGCUUCUAGGAACGAUGGCUCACUCCACAAUGCCGCACGAGAACUCAACUUGCAAGCGAUGCAAAUUCUGGUUCAAUACAGACACGACCCUGAUUUCCCGAGUUCGCUGCAUGACGGGCGUAGUGCUCUUGGUGAGUUAUGCCUCCAUGCAGCCGAUUUAGGCGAAAUCACCCCUCGACGAGAGAAGGCAAUGGAAAAGGCUAUCAACUUCCUUCUCGCAAGUGAAUCCGACAUCACCCUCCAGUCUAAUGGGAAGUCGGUUCUCCUUUUAGCGUUGGAGUCAGCUGACCCCGUAACUACUGCAAAAGUAUUGCUACGAGCUGAUAUGUGGAAAUUCAUCAAUAAGCCUUUCAAUUACUACAACGACGGAAAAUACACCUACUCCCCUACCAUGUACGUCCAGCGUGUACUACCAGACUCAGAUCACAAGUCACAACUCCUGCAACUACUACGGGCAAACCGUGGAAUCGAUGUCUACUAUGCCAAUACCGGCCCGCAACCCGACGAUGCCAUAGGCAUGCCUACAAGUGUCCAACUAGAAGAACAAGAGCGAAAAUCGCGCCUAGCCCGCAUCCGGGAAGAGAAUGAGGAACACACCCUUGCCAUCCAACGGAAUAAGGAGCUCGCCGCGGUGCAGGCGCAGAUAUGGGCUAGCCAGGCAGAGCUCGAGGACGCGCGCAAGAAAAAGUCGCUCAACACGGACUUGUCGGCGAUGCAAGAGCGGGCUCGCGUCGAGGAGGAGCUAUUCAACUCGGCAAUGAGGCAGCAGCGCGCGCGACAUACGGCAGAGGUCAAGCACCAGGAGGCCCUUACGCAUGCGGGGCUCACACGGGCCCAGGCCAUCGCGGACGCGGAGCUCGCGGUCGAGGCUCAGAAGCAGAGCCGCAUGCUGCAGUGGGAGCGCGACAUGGGUAGCGAGCGCGUGGGCAACGCGAACCAGCUAAGCAGCAUCAGGCUCAGGGAGAGGGAGGAGCUGGAGAUGCUGGAUAAGGCGGCGGAUCAGAGGAUCAAGGCUCGGCUUCAGGAUCAGAGGAAAUUGGUCGAUAGCCAGAGCGCGCUGGCGGCGAAUAUUGCGGGCGCGGGACCCGGCGCGAGGAGGCAGAUUGGGUUUGUUAGUGGGGAGCUGGGACCUGAUUGAGGGUAUUUCUGAGGGGUGAUGUGGGUGUCAGAGAGUUCGGAGUCGAGAAUGUUUUUUUGGGACUCGAGUGAAACGAGUUCGUAAGAGUAGGUACCUAUGUAUAUUCGUGAGCUCGCUGUCAUGCUUUCGACGGAUCUACCAGUCGGAGUUGUUGGAAUAGCGGAAAUUUUAUCGAUUACAUACCUUACCUCCCUAAAUAGGCUCUAUAAAUCAUUUAUACUAGCAAUUGAACUAGCGCCGAAAUUUAUUCAAAGACGUUAUUUUCUACGAUAAUAAUAUUGGGGUGGGUUUUGUGGACCCAUUUUACCCCUUUUCACAUUCUUUAGGGGCACACGGGUUUUGUUAUAAGCGCUAUCCAGAUAUGGGGAUUAGCCCUUGAUUACAUCAGCUGAGUGUGGGUAUAUCUAGCACUGCAUUUCUAUAGGAGCAAAGCUCGCCUUUUCUU